AUGAAAGUCCUCAUCAUCGGCGCCGGCCUCGGUGGCCUAACCGCUGCACUUGAUUUUGCGCAGCACGGCCAUGAAGUCGUGGUCCUCGAGCGACGAAAAGAACUGUCGCCGCAGGGCGGCAGCAUCAUGAUCAGAUCGGGUGCGUGCAGUACGCUUCAUACUCUGGGGCUGGAGGCAGAUCUAGAAGCCAUGUCAGAUCGUGUACCAACUACACUGGUGCGAGACAUGACGACUGGUGAGGUCAUUAAACGGUAUCCCGUUGAGGUGUCGGAUACCCCGGCUUGGGGCACCACGAGACUGGACCUGAUGCACCUGCUCUAUAGAAAGGCUGUCGAAGCUGGGGUAGAUGUGCGAUUUGGCUACUUUGUCGCGGAUGUUCUCGACGAGCCAGGAACGGAGCGCCCAUUUGCCGAGCUGGACGAAGGCACACACAUCGGUGCGGACCUUAUCCUGGUUGCCGAUGGCAUUAAAUCGCGCCUGCGUGACCGGGUCCUAUCGCUCGUUCCUGGGUCCUACGAACCCAUUGUGAGCGACACGACGUUCUACGGCUUAAACGUUGUGGUCUCCGACCUCAAGACACACGAGGGGACCGCACGGCUCACGGGGCAAACCGACGUCAACAUCUGGAAGGGCGAGCCAGGUUACGUUGUGACUCGGCACAACUCGAAAACAAAACACGUCUCAUUCCUCUACGGGGUGCAGUCUGCGACAGACCAAAAGGAGCUGUGGGAUGAAGAUGGCGAUAUCGAACAUGUCCGACGGAUCUUCAGCGGCUCCUGCAGCGAGUUGGCAGUUCCCCUGCAGUUCGCGCAAAACUGCGAUCGAUGGAGACUAGCAGAGAUGCCACGCCUACCAACAUGGAGAACCGACACCGGACGCGUGAUUCUACUUGGAGAUUCUGCGCAUGCCAUGCACCCAAAUGCCGGCCAGGGGUACUCGCAGAUUGUGGAAGAUAUCGCCGUGCUGAGCUUUCUCAUCCACAACGACGAUAUAAGCUCGAAGCCACUGCGGGAAAUAACAAAGAUCUGGCAGGAUAUUCGGAAACCGCGUGUGGAACGCAUAUCCAACUUCUCGAAUUGGAAAACACAAUGGUUCUCGGGCGAACGUGCUGUUUUUACGCAAGCAGGAGACUGGGGCGAGGAUGCUACGAGUUUGAGGGAGAUAUUUCCAGACAUGCAUGCUCCAUUUGACAGCUCGGCUUUUUUGAAAUGGGUCCUCGAUUUUGAUGCCGCCGUGGAGGCAAGGAAGUAUCUGGAGCGGCAUGGUAUCGUGUCGCAGAAGGAGGGUUGA